GCGAGCGGCCCCCGCCCAGCCCAUGCGGCCCGCUCGGCUUGGGUCGCGCGGCUCGGCUCGGGUCUAGCACGUCCACGUCAGUCCAAUCCCAACCGGCCGUCGGGUCGGCAGCAUCGCAUCGGGCCAGCGAGGGAAAACACUUGGUCGACGCCCAGAGCGCACGCGAAAGGAAGGCGCACAGAGCGGCGGAACUUAGUGUGCGUGUGACAAGACCCGGCCCACCAUGCGCGGCGGAAUCAAGGAACAGUUUGACCGCGACGGCUACGUGGUCCUGGACGACUUCCUCACCCCCGCCGAGACGGAGGCCCUGCGCGCCGCGGGAGACAGCCUCGCCAGGAACGUGCCGCAGGAAGAGAGGAGAUCUGUGUUCGCGGACCAGGGUCGCGAUGAGUACUUCCUCAACUCUGGCGACAAAGUGGCCUACUUCUACGAGAAGGGUGCGCUGGCCGAGGACGGCACGCUGCUCGUCGAGCCGCACCUGGCCCUCAACAAGGUCGGCCACGCCCUGCACGAGAAGGUGGAGCCCUUCCGGGACGUGACCAACAGCGAGCGCGUCAAGGAUGUCUGCCGGGCCUUGGGGCUGGACACCCCCGCCGUGGCGCAGAGCAUGUACAUCUACAAGAACCCCGGUGUCGGCGGGGAGGUGACGCCUCACCAGGACGCCAGCUACCUGUACAUGGACCCCCCGGACGCGCUGCUGGGCCUCUGGAUCCCGCUCGACGACGCGACCCUGGAGAACGGCUGCCUCUGGUUCAUUCCCGGGUCACACAAGGGCGGCGUGCACACGCGCUUCAUCCGCAACCCGAACGAGGACUCCAAGGACCUGCUCAUCUACGACAGGCCGCAGCCCACCUAUCAGAGAAACAACUUCGUCCCCGUCCCCGUGCCCAAGGGCUCCCUCGUUCUGAUCCACGGGCUGGUGGUGCACCAGAGCGACAGGAACAAGUCCGACAAGUCCAGGCACGCCUACACCUUCCACGUCGUGGACCUGGUCCGGGGCAGCUACGCGGAGGACAACUGGCUGCAGCCCACCGACGACGCGCCCUUCUCCGUGCUGUACAGCAAGAGCUGGGUGUGAGCGCCCCGCUCGGACUGAAUGGUGGGAGGAGGCCACCGGCGUGUAUAAAUAUUAUUGUGCCGACUUUAAAGUUUCGACUGCAUAUCUUCUGUGAUAAUGAUUGUGAAUGUAACUCGCGCGCGUAGUUUCCAGAAAUACAGUUUCGCGGUUUUCAGUAAA